UUUACUCGGUCUGUCCCGAGACACUCAGCGCCUAUAUAUGGCAGAAAAGUGUGACCGGGUGAAAGUGGCUGUGGACCCGUUUUGCGGCGCCGGCGGAAAUAUAAUCCAGCUUGCCCGAAUGUUCGACAAAGUCAUUGCUGUAGAUAUUGACGUAGACAAGAUAGUGAUGGCCAAGCAAAAUGCCGCGAUUUAUGGCGUACUUGAGAAGAUUGAUUUCGUUGUUGGAGACUUUUUCAAACUGGAAAAUCAGAUAAAGGGUGACGUUAUAGUCACAUCGCCACCAUGGGGCGGUCCAGAAUACAACAAAAUGGAUGUUAUCGAAAAUGUGUUUAUGGAAAGGUACCUCAAAUCGACGUUGCUGUAUGUCCGGUCCAAUAAUAACAAUGGCGUAUCAGACGUCGCUCCCAAACCGGUCGACAUCCUGACAUCCAUCUGCAUAACUCAUUCCACAAGAAUGAGCGGUAUAGUUUGAAAACUUACCAAAGUUAUCUGGUGGAUGACGAUACGUUGGUGAGCAGCCGUCGCACAUAGGUCUGAUGUACCUAUGGAAAGUUAUUAUUGGAUCGGUCAUAAUAUUACGUUGAAAAGUUAUAUGUCCAUAAACUUAUUUUCAGAUUUGUAGGCCAAUUACGUUGUCAUUUUUUAAUCAUUCUUUGUUUUUAUUAAGGUUGAGGUGUAACAGCAUUUUAGGGGCUAUUGUAAUUCCCACUUCCAGGACUUUAUCAUACAUACAGCCGACAGCCCGAUGACCUACAUUUUUGUGUAUUCUGGUCUACCCUAUGAUGGCCGCGAAGUAACGAUCACGUCACCGUUUAUCAGAUUGCCCAGUUUGAAAGAGUCUCCAACAAUUUCAUCGGAUAGGUACGCCAUAAAUCGUGGCAUAGCGCUGGGCCAGCAUCAUUUUGUCCGGAUCAAUAUCUACAAAAAUGACAUCCCAAUUAUUAGAAGCUAAUAAUAUAGUGUCUUUGUCGAACAGUCAGCUGUACGAAGUUUCCGCUGUGCCACAAAACGGGUCGACGCCGGUCGCUGAACAUGGGAAGUCCUCAAGUCCACCCAGCAUCGUAUUGAUGAAUCAACAAUACAUCUUACAUCUUACAUCUAUCAUUGCAAUCUUAUAAUUAUUCACCUGAAUGCAUGUAAUCCUGAAUGUACAGUUAAUUUAUUACUACCCAUCUACAAAGUCAA